CCCGAGUGCCGGCGGGAUCGGUAGCAGGUAUCCGGGCGAUGGCUGCUCUCCUCCGAGCUGUGCCGCGGUUGCCAGUGCCAGCUGUGUGGGGAAGGCCUCUCUACGGGCUUCAGUGCUGCAAUGGGCAGGAUUUUAGGAGGUGGGUGGGGAGUAGGUCACCCACCUUAAGAAAGAAACCAGCAGGCACAGAGGCAGAGAAAUUCCAGAUGAUCUACCGGUUUGAUGCUAUCAGAGUGUUUAGGUACUUGUCUCAGCUGAAGGUGGCACAAACGGCCCUGACAGUGGUGGCCCUGCCGCCUGGCUUUUACUGGUAUUCCCAGGGCCUUGUGACGUUGAACUCCCUGUGCCUUGCGGGUGGGAUAGCUAGCUUCGCCCUGGCCAUGCUGUGCUGGAUGAGCUAUUUCUUCCGGAGGCUAGUGGGUAUCCUGUAUGUGAAUGAGUCAGGCACCGUGCUGCGGGUGGCCCACCUGACCUUCUGGGGCUGGCGGCAAGACACAUACUGCCCGGUGGCUGACGUGAUCCCUGUGACGGAAACCCAGGACCGGCCCCAGGAACUUUUCGUACGGAUCCAGCAGUACAGUGGCAAGCAGACCUUCUACCUCACCCUGCGCUACGGACGCAUCCUGGACAGAGAGCGUUUCACACAGGUGUUUGGGGUGCUGGACACACUGAAGUGAACACUGGGUACUGGGCUUCCGGGUACCUUGGGCCCCCUGGAUCUCCGACAGAAGGCUGAAAGCGUGGGUGAGGCCAAAGAUGGGGACCUAUCAGCUGGAGACUUUGUCAGGGCUCUUGGGAAACUUGUCUUUUGGAAUGAGAAAAGUCAUGAGGCAGAUGCUAGUGACCUCAUUUAGAACAAAGGCCUUAGUGCAGAUUCUUACCGCACAUGUAUAUAACAUUCAUUUAGGAAAUGGCCAGAAGUUUCUGUUGAGAGCCAGCUCUUGGAAGAAGCUGUGCCCAGGGCACACAAACAGUACAGUGCUGUGAAAUGGGAAGACGGGUGUGGUGGGCAAACAGGAUUUGGGUGGGAAUACUUGGGUUUUGUUUGUCCUUAAUUUCUGUCCUGGGGCAGGUAACUGAGUCUCUCUGAACCUUGUUUUUCACAUUUGUAAAAUGUAAACUCCUGCUGUGUCUUGGGAUGAGUGUGAGAAUAAAUAAUAAAUGUCAAGUGCUUUGCAAACUGCGCAGGCAAGAGUAAACAUUAAGUGUUAGUUCAGCGAUGAUGGAGUGGUAGACCCAGUAAGAGAUGGGACUGGGAUGAAACCUACAAGUGGGUCAUUUCGUUUUCCCAGAUAGUAAUUUCAUGACUGAGGCAGGAGUGUUAUCCAGGCAAGCACAGCACCCUUGCCAAGACAGUGCUCACUACCCAGAGAACUCGGGGCUCUCACAUCAGAUGUCUUUGUGGACUGUGUGUGCCUGGGCCAAUUUUUUGCCUAAAGAAUAGGUUCUCAAACCUUGUGUCCAUGUGCAGAAUCACCUGGAGAGCAUCUUAAAAAUAUCCUUACCCAGGCCUAUGACCAUGCCCUUCAGGUGGUUCACAUGUGUAGCCUGUGUCAACAGUCACCGUGUGGAAGUCUCACUGCACUGGGACGUGAGAGCUGGGACUCUCACCAGCCUUGGAAGAAAGAGCUUCCAGGCCGAUGCGUGGUUUGCUCUGUAGUACCAGCAGAGGGCACAGAGAGCAAAUGCCUUAUCCAUUCCUUUAUUCCUGAGCUAAAAUCCUAGAUCUCCAUGUGACAAUGG